AUGGCGCAGGCUCACAUAGCCUCGACGUACGAGGCGUACCCGCGGGCAGACGGGGCGGAGCACGUGGCGCGGGCGACGCGGACACACCGGCAGGGGCGUUUCGAGAUCGCGACGCGGAAGCUGCCCAUCUCGAAGGCGGAGCCGAUCGACGCGAUGGAGCGGGAGCUCGGGAUCCCGGUGCCGGAAAUGAUCUUCGGCGAGAACGCGGUGGCGGUGCGGCACGCGCCGACGGGUUGGGCCAUCGAGUUCACGGCGCGCGACGCGCUCGCUGCCGUCGACAAGACCGGCCGCGACAUGCUGCGCGUCGCCUAUGCCUCCGAGUGGUCCGCCAGCCGCGAGCAGACCAGCGCCGGCAUCCGCGACGUCGUCAAGCCCUACGACUGGAGCUACAGCACCACCUACCGCGGCACCGUGCACCUCGGCCGCCCCGGCCCGCCGCCGCCGGCUCCCUCCACCCCUCCCCAGGACGAGCACGAGAAUAACGGGAGCGGGGGCCGGGAAAACGGCGAGAACCAGACGUCUGCGCCGUUAUUUCUCAUCCCGCCACCGCCACCGCCACCGCCAGCCGCAACGCCCGUCACAGCACCCGCGGCGAGACAGUUCGCGCCAACGACGCGGGGGAUCCCGAUCGAACUGCUGAAGCGGCGGGACCCGAUCCUGUUCUUCGACGAGGUGAUGCUGUACGAGAGCGAGCUGGACGACAAUGGUAUCAGCAUACUGAGCGCCAAGGUACGCGUGCACGAGCGCCGCAUGCUGCUACUCUGCCGCCUCUUCAUGCGCCUUGACGGCGUCGUCGUCCGUGUCCGCGACACUCGUAUCUACGUCGACUUCGAGACCGAGGAGGUUAUCCGCGAGUACACUGUCAAGGAGCUCGCAUUCGAAGAGGUAAAGAGGAAACUGCUAAUGACCGGACUGACGCCCGACGGCGUCACGAUCGCGCUACGUGAUGCAAAUAGGAUCGCCGAGCUGGUUCCCACCAUCGAACAGACUCUCGAGAGCGUCUCGUUAAAGUCCUAG